AUGGAGCCUACAAAGAAAGGUAUUAAAAGAAAAAGCACUAUUUUAUCAUACUACACAAAAACACCUAAAGUACAAACUGAUAAUCUCGGCAAAAAUGACAAAUUAAAUGAAAUGGAAGUGGUAGUAUCAUUAGCUGAAUCUGCAUUAACUCCAUUCAAUCACAAUUCACAAUCCAUGUCUGAACAGCACAAUGAAAAUAACAAAUUAAUUGAACCAUCAGCAUCUGCUCUACCAUCUGCUCUUCAAACAGUUAUUACUCCUACACAAAUAGAUAUUGGUUUAUUUAUUGGUCAAUUUGAACAGCCCACGUCUCAGGUUAACUCUUCUCAUCGGUAUAACAUUUUAAAGAACACAUUUAAUCCUGAUACAACAUUUAAGUUUCCUGGUAGUGGUAGAAGGAAUCUUAAAUUUCAAAUUAAUUGGCUUAGUAGAUGGAAAUGGUUGGCUUAUUCAGUAUCUUGCGAUGGUGCUUUUUGUAAAUAUCGUAUGUUGUUUUGUCCAAAAGAAGUCAACACUCAAAAACUAGGUCAACUUGUCUUCGAAAAAUUUACUCAUGAAUUUUUGUCUGUAUUUGAAAAUAAACAAGAAAGUAUUGCUGUUAAACUUGAUUCUAAAUUAAAAUUAGGAAUUGAAAAAAAUAGAAAAAUGAUAAGACCAAUAAUAGAAACAAUCUUACUCUGUGGUAGACAAGGUAUUGCUCUUAGGGGACUUACAGACAGUGGUCCUAUUGAUUUAAGUUCUUUAUUCCUAUCCAAUAAUGAGGGAAAUUUCAGAGUUAUAUUAAAAUAUGUUCUUAUGAAUAGCAAAGAUGAAUUAAAAAAUUGUUUUGAAAAUCUUCCAAAAAAUACAACUUACAUCAGUCCUGAUAUACAAAACGAAAUUAUAAAUGUGAUAAACAGUUUAGUUAUUAAGAAGCUUGUUACUAAAAUAAAUCAGGCAAAAUGCUUUACAAUCUUGGCAGAUGAAAUAACGGAUGUAGCUGGGAUAGAACAAUUUUCAAUGUGUGUUAGGUAUUUUGACAAAGAUACCAACAAAAUAAGAGGAUUUUCUUCAAUUUGUACCAGAAUUAACUUAAAUUAUCUCAGAGGCCAAGCGUAUGAUGGAGCUUCUGCCAUGCAAGGGCUAUUCAAUGGAGUGCAAGCAAUAAUAAAACAAUCUUACCCAUUAGCUUUAUAUAUACACUGCUGUAGUCAUUCAUUAAACUUAGCUAUAUCUGAUGCAUGUGAUGUAAAAUCAAUUCGUAAUGCUGUUGGAAUUAUUCAGACAGUUUGUAGUUUUUUUAACACGCCUAAAAGACAGGCUGUUUUGCAAAAUUCUGUAGAACAAAUUGCUCCAGAUUCAAAAAAAACUAAAUUAAAAAUGUUAUGCCCAACAAGAUGGGUUGAACGACAUGAAGCGAUAUUAGUAUUUUUAGAACUUUUUGAUUCAAUAAUUGAAUCUUUAGAAACUAUUUCAACAUGGAUUGAUAGAGAAACAUCUUCAAAAGCAAACAGUAUACUUUUCUCUUUAAAACAAGGAGAAACUCUACUUUCCAUACACAUUCUUGCAAAAGUGUUUUCAUUAAGUAUGCCAUUAAGUCGUCAACUUCAAAAAGAAGAUAUAGAUUUGUCCAUAUCAAUGGAACUUGCAGAUAAUGUUAUGAGUGCAGUAUGUUUGUUGCGUACUAAUGCUGCAGAAGAAUUUAAAAUAAUAUACAGUGAUGUUGAAAAAAAAUGUGAGUCAUUGGGGAUUAUGAUUUCAAUACCUCGACUAGCUAUAAACCAGACAAAUCGUUUAAAUAUUUCAACAGAAUCACCUGAAGACUAUUUUAGGAUUUUGAUUUUCGUACCUUUUUUAGAUAAUUUUUGUGAACAACUAAAUGACAGAUUUUUGAACCAUAAAUCAUUAUUAAAACAAUUUACUUGUUUAAUAAAUGCAAACGAGAAAAAUGAGACUGAAUUUAAAGAGCUUUUAAAGACAUAUUCUGCAGAUAUUGAAGCUGAUAAAGUAUCUGCAAUUGGCGAGUUUACAAUAUGGCAUCAUCAGGUGAAAAACAAAAACCCUAAAAAUGCUACGGAAGCAUUCAUUAAUUGCAAUGAAGAAAUAUCUCCUACGGUUCAUCAACUUUUAAAAAUAUUGAUUACUUUAACAGUAACCACUGCAAGCAGUUAA